AUGGACCAUGACCUUCUCGACAGCCUCCUAGACCUAGAGGAGGGUUUCUACAAAGAAGGAUACGACCUGGGAGUCCGUGACGGCGCCCGGGCAGGAUACAGCGAAGGCAGCGUCUUCGCCGUAGAAAAGGGCUUCGAGAAGUUCCAGGAAAUGGGCAGGCUCUACGGCAAGGCUAUCAUCUGGGCUAAACGGUUGCCCGGGGAUCAUGGCCUUUUGCUACAGCCGAGCCCUCCAACAGGAGCAGUGGCGGCGGUGGAUGGUUCGGAUAAUACCACCACUGCCAUCGCUUCGACGGCACAAACCCCUACUCUAGAAAGAAAGGACAUACCUAAGUCCAGAAUUACAGGCACACCCAUCCCUUCAUUGCCCGCAUUACCCUCCAACCCCCGCCUCCAAAGGCUAAUCGCCCUCGUCCUCUCCCUGGUCGACCCGCUUUCACUCUCACUGCAAAACUCCGAGGAUGCCGUUGCGGACUUUGACGAGCGGUUGAAAAAGGCUGCGUCGAAAGCGAAGGUUAUUGAGAGGGUGUUGGGUGAGCAGAGUGGUGAUGGCUAUUCCUAUUCCUCUUCCUCGCAUCGCAAAGGGAAUCGAGGUGCUGCGGGUGAUAAUAUUGAAGAAAUUGGGCCGUUGCCGGAGAGGAUGUUGGGGGUGAGGGAUUGA